AUGUGGAGAAGGAGCACCCGCGUGCUUUGCCGCCACGUGGCCAGGAGGGGAUAUUCUCGAGUAUGCCCUCCGCCGGCGAAAAGCGCCGGACCGCUUAUCCGGGUGUCGAAUCACGUGGCCAGGUUGGGCCCACCGAAGGAAGGCCCGAAGCCCAGGCAGCUCCUGUCGUUGCCGCCCUUCCCCGGCCACCCUUUGCCGGGGAAGAGGUCGCAUGAAGACGGCGUCGUUUCGCGCGUCACCGCCGUCAGUUGGGUCAAGUAUUACUUCGAUGGGAUUUACGACUCUACCAUCCAGUCCCAUUUCAAGCAAGGCCUUGUUCAGAUGGAAUGCCGAGGUUUGAUUGAAAAGGAAGGGCAAAUGAAACCCAUGAGAAAGAUUAGGCCUAGUGAGGUCAUGGAGGUAGGGGCAAGAGUAUACGUACCGGUUUCGAUUGUGGAGAGUAGGGUUUCAAGGAGAUUUGACUGCAUACCAAGUGGAACAUUGUACCCAAAUGCUGAUGAGAUUGAGUACAUGCAGAGGCGUGUCAAGUACAAGGACUCUGCCAUAAUAGUGCUGAACAAGCCCCCGAAAUUGCCGGUCAAGGGUAAUCUGCCAGUUCAUAACAGCAUGGAUGCAUUGGCAGCAGCAGCAUUAUCUUAUGGUAAUAACGAAGGUCCUAAGUUGGUUCAUCGGCUUGACAGAGAGAGCAGUGGCCUCCACUUAAUGGGGAGAACAAAAGAAAGUGUUUCUCUUCUGCAAUGGUUAUAUACUGACUUCAAUAAGGGGAAAUCAUCGUGUCAGGCUUGGGAUGAUGCAUGUGAAGCUAGAUAUCAGAGGUACUGGGCAUUGGUCGUAGGCUCUCCUAAGGAAAAGGAAGGCUUAAUUUGUGCUCCUCUUUCAAAGGUGCUUCUUGACAAUGGGAAGACAGAAAGGGUCAUCUUGGCUCAUCAAUCAGGAUUAGAAGCUUCCCAAAAGGCUAUAACUCAAUAUCGGGUGCUUGGUCCCACAAUAAAUGGAUGCUCAUGGAUUGAAUUACGUCCACUCACUAGCCGGAAGCACCAGCUCCGUGUCCAUUGUGCUGAAGCCCUCGGAACACCAAUUGUGGGCGACUAUAAGUACGGGUGGUUUGUACACCGGAGAUGGAAACAAAUGCCUCACGUUGAUAUUGAGCCAACAUCUGGGCUACCAUACAAGUUGCGGAGGCCAGCAGGUCUGGAUGUGCAGAAAGGAAGUGUUCUGUCGAAAGUCCCUCUGUUACAUUUGCACUGUAGAGAGCUUGUACUCCCUAAUAUUGCUAAGUUCCUUCUUAUAUUGGAUCAGAAGUUAGACAACCUGCACCCUGCAGUUAGUUCAAAGCCAGAUAUCCUUCGGUUCGUGGCAUCGAUGCCUUCCCACAUGAAAAUUAGCUGGAAUCUCAUGUCAUCUUACUUAGUAUAGAGAAGGGCAGGUUGCUUUCUAAAACCUGAUUUUCAUUACUGUAAACAUGAUUUUUGUCGUGUCUGUACCUACAAUUGUAAUCUCUGUAAGUUUGUUGACUCCAGCAAGUGAUUAUCGAAAGGGAAAGAAGAGAAGUUAGAGAAUCGUUCCAA